AUGUGGUAUUUGUUCAUUUUGAGUGUAGUUUUUCUUCAACCAAUUCAUAUAUUAUCAUUGAAUGAAACAUGUUGGCCAAGAGCCAAUAAUUUAACGUGUGUUCUAAACGAUUUACUUUAUGGAUACAAUAAACAAUUGAGACCUAAUCAUACCGGAGAUCCGCUUCAAGUUCAAGUUUACUUAAUGAUUAUUACAUUAGGACCCAUUGUUGAGUUAGAUAUGUCAUUUACAAUGAAUUUAUUUUUUCGUCAAGUUUGGACUGAUGAACGUCUCACUUUACCGAAUAAAAUAUCUAAUGUAGCUGUAUCGACAAAAUUGCUCAGUGCAAUAUGGAAGCCUGAUACAUAUUUUUUAAAUUCUCAUUCUGGUUAUCUUCAUACAACACCAACACUCAAUCAUCUUUUACGUAUACUUGAAAAUGGUCGAUUAUUAUAUUCAAGUCGAUUAACAAUUAAAGCGUAUUGUUCAAUGUUCUUACGAAGAUAUCCAUUAGAUGUUCAAACAUGUUCAUUGAUUUUGUCUAGUUAUGCUUAUGGGACACGUGAUGUUAUUUACGAUUGGAAACUUGAUGAACAUAAUGGUGUAGAAUUAGAACGUCUAAAAUUAUCUCAAUUUGAUUUAUUUAGUUAUAAAAUUUCAAAAAGAGAAAUUCAAUUAACUGAUCGAAAUCAUUCUGUGCUUCAACUUGAUCUUCGUAUGCGUCGAAGUGUUGGUUUUUAUGUGUUACAAGGUUAUAUUCCAGCAGGUUUACUUGUUAUUUUGUCUUGGAUAUCAUUUUGGAUAGAUAGUGAAGCAACCGCUGAUCGAGUCUAUAUUGGUAUUACUUCUAUACUGAGUCUUACUACACUUGCACUCGAUAUUCGUUCUCACAUUCCAGCAGUACCGUAUAUAACGGCAAUCGACUCAUUUUUUAUUAUUUGCUAUUUAUUUCUGCUUGCUUCAUUACUUCAGUAUACUGCUGUUCAUCGUCAUCUUGAGUACGGACAUGCAAUAAAUAAUACAGGUGGCAUGAACAAUUUGAGUGAAUCGUCCAAACAACAAAAUAUGCCAAUUGAAUCUCGUUCUUCUAAUUUAAUUGUAGUACGAUCUAGUCGAACACGAAAAUUGCGUUCUUUAAAACAUGCACGUCGCUCAACAUUUGCUGUUGUUGCACAAGGUUUACAUUUUUUAAGGCGAAAAGCACCGUUACAUAAACUUGAUCGUCUUGCUCGCAUUGGAUUUCCAGUUUUAUUCGUUCUUUGUAAUUGUAUUUAUUGGUAUAUUUUCAUUUUUUAUACGUCUGAUUAA